AUGCGUUGCCAUUACGAUGUAUUAGGCGUUGCCAGAAACGUAGGUGCUGAUGAACUGAAGAAGUCAUAUAGGAAAUUGGCCUUGCAGUAUCACCCUGAUAAAAAUCCAGACAAUGUCGAGGAAAGCACGCGUGCUUUUCGAAAAGUGCAACAGGCCUACGAAGUUCUGAGUGAUCCUCAGGAACGAGCAUUUUAUGACAAGCACAGAGAAGCAAUUCUUAAAGGAGGCGAAGACUUCGUUGACAAUGAGUUAGAUUUAAUGAAAUAUUUCGAUGCUUCAGUAUACAAAGGAUAUGGUGAUGAUUCUGAGGGGUUUUUUGCUGUAUAUAGCUGGGUCUUUAAGAAGAUUUUUGAAGAAGAUGAGCCAUAUAGAGAUGAAGAGGAUGAGGCUGCCCACAUCCUUUGUCCAGAUUUUGGAAGUUCAGAAACGAAGUAUGAAGAGGGAGUGAAAGAAUUUUAUAGUUACUGGCAGAACUAUUGUUCACUCAAGUCAUAUGUAUGGUGUGAGAAAUAUGAUAUCAGACAGGCAGCAAAUAGGCCAACUCUGCGACUAAUGGAGAAAGAAAACAAAAAAUUUAGAGAUGCUGCAAGAAGAAAGAGAAGUGAAGAAGUGAGAGCUUUGGCAGCGUUUGUGAAGAAGAGGGACAGGAGGGUCAAAGAUUACAUUAAACGACUGGAAGAACAGGAAAAAUCACAAAAAGAAGCUUCAGAAAAGAAGAGGUUGGAGCAAAUCAAAGAAAAGAACAAGAAGUUAGAGGAAUAUGAAGAACAAGGAUGGAUGUCAUAUGCCAAUAUGCAGAGAGAGCUACAUGAAAUAGAGUCACAUUUCAUGAGUGAACCAGAAGAAGGUUCUGAUUCAGAUGAGGAUAUUCAGAGGUUUUACUGCAUAGCUUGUGAAAAAAGUUUCAAAUCUGAAAAAGCUUUGACAAAUCAUGAGAAAUCAAAAAAACAUAAAGAAAAUGUUGAACUGAUUAAGCAAGAAAUGGAAAAUCAUCUAAUCACAGCAGCAUAUACAAAAGCAAAUGAAAGUGUAGUUGAUGAUGCAUUAGAAUGCAGUAUGGAAGAUGCUGUGAGAUUGUCGCUGCCUGAUGAAAACGUAAAACAAGGAAAAACAGAAGAAAGUGAAAAUUUUUCCCAUCUGGAUAAUUCUCUAUCUAGAGAGGGUCAAAGGCAAGAUGGAUGUAAGAGACCCUACCACCAUCUUGAUAGUGUGUCAUUACCCUCAAAUUAUGUCAACUUAGAGAUCAAAAGGCAUUCCAGAGGAGAAGAUUUGACAUUAGAUUUUGAAAAAUGGAGCACAUCAGUCAACCAAUCACAGACAACAUUUAUGAGUGAAUCAGAUAGUGAUGAAGAAUUAGAUAAUCUUAAGGUAGAGACUGAAGAUCAAAAUAGUUGCCAGUCAGAAGAGAAUAGAAAAGAUGUGGAAGAUUACAAUGAACUCAAGGCCGAAGUAUCUGUUGAUUCGGAGGAGCUAGCAACAUUUAUGGCAAAUGGAAUUUCUGCUCGUCUUGGCAAGUGUGCUCAAGAUUCUUUGCAUUUGCCACGAAAAGCAUCAAGCAAAAAGAAGUUAAAAGAAAAGCGCAGUAGUCUCAGGCAUUCAAAUAGCACUGAUUCUCAAGAUACAGAUGAACGAUCAGAUGAGGUGUUUGAAAAUAUUGAUGCAUUUGAUGCACAUCUGGGGCAUUCAAGAAUUUGUGACUCCAUAAAAAUUAGUAAGACAAAGGCUUUGCCCAAGACAAAAAGAAAGAAAAACCUUGUCAAAAUAUUGGAAAGAUCAGCUAGUAGUGACAUAGAUACAAGUAAACAAGAGGAUGUUACUGUUGAAGGGAAUAUUGAAAAAAGUGCAGAGAAACCGGUUAAUGAAUUAGUAGAAAAUGACAACUCUCUUCAAGAUCAUGAGGUGAAAGGAAACAAAGCAAAAGAAAAUAGAAAAGAAGCAAAAAGUUCUAAUGGUAUUGAGUCAAAAUGCAAUGUUUGCUCAAAAAAUUUCUCGUCACGAACUAAAUUAUUUGACCAUAUUAAAGCAGAGGGCCACGCUAUGAGAGUAGAGCCACCAGAAGGGGAAAACUCAAAAGGAAAGAAAAAGAAAAAAAGAAAGUGA